AUGUCUCUCAUCACGAAAAUUCGUUACCAUGAUUCCAAUGGAAUUCCACGUACAAAAAAUACUCGAAAAUUUCAAGCUACUACUUCGUACGAGACAAUACGCACAUGGAUUGCAAAAUGGUGGGGCCUUGAUAAAACUAAGGUCAAAAUCGAAAUCAAGGAUCAACCUCAUGAAUUCGUCACUUUUGAUCAGGAUUAUAUAAACGACUAUCAUCCUUACGGUGUCGAUAGACAAACACAGAAUAGUGGAGCACACUCCAAUACUGUGACUCCACCGUUUAUUGAAUUACGUCUAAGAGGAAAACACAAUCAAACUCAAAAUUUGACUCACAAUGGUCUUCAACAAGCAUCAAAUGCAAUUCUUUCGACUGAUGUGCAGCAGUCUCAAAGACCAGCAGACUCAGUCGUUGAGCAACCUCAAGAUGACUGUGAGGACGCUUCGUCUUCAUAUGAUUCUUCACGUUUGUACUCGUUCGAUGGCCCAGUGAAGCUCGAUGAAGAAACUAUUAAACUCCAAGUAGAUGUCAAUUAUUUUCUUCGAAAUCAAUAUGAUAGUGAGCCAUGUAUGAUAUGUAUUCAAGGCAAUAAGGAUGAGCUGAAAGGAAAUGCCAGAAAAAAGAAAGUGGAGCCAAAAGUCAAGAUAGAAAAAGGCAAUUUAAAAAAAAAAUACAAUUUAGAAAAAGACAUUUCAAAACAAGAAAUACAGAACUGGGCUUUGCUUAUCUUUCUUCUGGUCGAAUUCUGCAAAGAUGGGACCCGUGACCUCUUCUAUAAUGCUUGGCGAGGCUUCGCCACAAGUGGCGACAACAAAACGGAUCAAACUGAUCUAUCAAUCAAUGAUGUAACACAGAAAGAAAGUCAAAAACGUACUAAACGUCCAAAACCGUAUGUUAGAAUCCCUCUCACUAUGAAGAUUUUGAAUAAUGGAGUCUAUCUGAAUUUACGAACGGAAGUGAUUCGUGAAACAAAAACACACAACCAACCGCUGGAGAAGUUCUGUCAGUUGGCCGACAGAUAUUCUCCUGGCACAGAAUAUGAAACAGAUCGUCUGGCUUUUUUGCUCGAAAAGAACGGAAAACCAUUAUGGAAUAGCCUUGCACUCUCAAAAUCUAUGGCUUUUGGAUAUGAAAAAAUGAUCAAACGUAAAAAAGUCAGUACCAUCGACGGGAAAUUCAAUGAGUUAAUAGCCGAACUCAAAAUGAAACGAAAGAAAAACUUUAAUCAACCCGAGUUGAAACGUCUUCAAAAGCCUAGACGAUCUACGAAGCAUCGCAAGCAAACGAUGGCGACUAGUUUAGUGACCAGUCACGAAACACGUACACUAAAUGGUCACUGUCUACAAAGAGUGGAAGACUUGACAUCGUUCGAUAAUCAGCAGUCGCAAGAGACAAAUAUUCCAAUGGGGAUGCAACAUCACAUCGUGGCAUCUUCGGAUCGAAUGACAAUUAACAGAUCCACUUCUAAGGAACUGGUCACACCGGUAGUUCAAUUGAUCGCUCCUGCCAACUUUCAAGUUUCUAAUACUGAAAAUUUACUUGAUAAAACUCACCAGGAACUAGAUGGCUUUUUGGAGCAACCAAAAUUAACUCAAAAUGUUGAUAACUCAAUAAUGGAAAUUGAUUUAGAUUCACAGAAUGGAAAUGUUAAUGGUGCACAUGUCAACUCGUCGUUAUACUCUAACUGUUCAGUCGAUGAUCUGUAUCGACUUAUCGAUUCCACUUUAGAGACGCUUCCAGAAGAUCCUAAUUUUUGGCAAGAUCUCAGUCAAUUUGAUCCAAAUACCAAUGGUUUUAGCGAAGCUAUCGAGAAUCUAAGGCAGUUAAGAUGCCAACUCUCUCUACGUGUCGACUGCUCUGGUGACUUCGCCAAUGAUGCCGGAGAAAUCUCAACUGAUCUCAACUUGAUGGCAAAUGAAGAAGGAAACGAUAAUAGUUAUGAUUUCCUCUAA